CAGUCUCAAAAUGUUUGUGUGUUUUUUGUGCCAAUUCUUGACAUUUGGAGCUCUGAAAUUUCUGAGUUUUUUCUUGCAAACAUUUGACACUUGGAGCUCAGAAAAAGUUUUUUUCUGGAAACUUUCAGAUUCAAAAUUUCACUUUUUUUUGCUCACAAGUUUUCAACUUUCGGAGCUGAGGAAUCUUUUGUUUUUUGUAGAAAAUUUCUUAAAUAAAUCUCCAAAUUUCUUAUUUUUCUUGCAAAUUUUUGACUUUUCAAGCUCAGAAAUGUUUUUCUAGAUAUCAAAGUGUCUGUAAUUUUUUUCUCACAAAUUUUGAACUUUUGGAGCGCAGAAUACUUUUCUAGAUUAUUUUUGACUACUACUAUCUACUGUUUUUUUUUUGUUUUUAGAAUAUGAUGAUCGCAUGAAUGUACUGUAAUGAAAUCCAGCAGAGCCUCUUGUCUUUCUGCUCUUCAUCCUCUCUCAUCGUCUUCUGACUCGUCAGGCUCCCAGUUACACCGAGCCGCUGAAUCUGCCUCCAAACACUCUGGCGCAGACUGCGCUCCGACGCCGCCUCCUGUUGAGUUUUCGUCCCCCGGCGCGUUAAAAGGCGCAGUUGGCGAUAAAAGCAGAAGCGCACAGCUGAAUGUGAAGCGGGUUGGGUGGCGGCUCUCUGCAUCACCCCCAUGUCCUCUCUGAGUCUUCCCUCAUUGGACACUUUGCUCCGCUGAGCAGGAACACCUGUAUGUACGAUGCGCGCAAACUACCGCGGUGCGCCAUCUCCUCUCCGGAUGCGCUGACCGAGACCCGGAUGGGUGCAAACUUCCCCUCUGGUCCAAACUUCCCGGUAUGAUCGCUUCCAACGCGAGCCUGAGCUGUGCGCGGUGUCCCGGGGAAGCGACGACGGAGGCGAGCGGAGCGGUUCCGGGCUCAGUGCCGGCGCCCUCCCUGAGUCCGACGGGGCACCUGGUGGUGGCGGUGUGCCUGGGCUGCAUCGGCACGCUGGGCUUCCUCAGUAACUUCCUGGUGCUGGCGCUGUUCUGCCGGUACCGGGCUUUGCGCACGCCCAUGAACCUGCUGCUGGUGAGCAUCUCGGUGAGCGACCUGCUGGUCAGCGUGCUGGGGACCCCGUUCAGCUUCGCGGCCAGCACCCAGGGGCGGUGGCUGAUCGGACGCGCUGGAUGCGUUUGGUACGGCUUCAUCAACGCGUGUCUGGGCAUCGUCUCCCUGAUCUCCCUGGCCGUUCUGUCGUACGAGCGUUACUGCACCAUGAUGACGCCCACCAUGGCGGACGGCAGGGACUUCCGGCCGGCGCUGGCAGGAAUCUGCUUCUCCUGGCUGUACUCCGUGGCCUGGACGGUGCCUCCGCUGCUGGGCUGGAGCCGCUACGGCCCCGAGGGGCCCGGCACCACCUGCUCUGUUGACUGGAAGACCCAAACUCCAAACAACAUCUCCUACAUCAUCAGCCUUUUCACCUUCUGCCUUGCCUUGCCGUUCGCUGUCAUAGUCUACUCCUACGGGAAGCUGCUGCUCACAAUCAGACAGGUGCGCAGAGUGAGCUCAGUGGUGACGCGGCGCAGAGAGCAGCGCGUUCUGGUGAUGGUCGUCAUCAUGGUGGUCUGCUACCUGGUCUGCUGGCUGCCGUACGGCGUGGCCGCUCUGCUCGCCACCUUCGGCCCCAGAGACCUCCUGACGCCGGCGGCCAGCGUCACGCCGUCGCUGCUGGCCAAGUUUUCCACUGUGGUCAACCCUUUUAUUUACAUAUUCAUGAACAAACAGUUUCACAGAUGUUUCCGGGCCUUCUUCUCCUGCUCCGUUCCAGAAUCAGGCUCCACCUUAAAGACAUUUUCCCGGCUGACCAAGACGUUCCGCUCCGCACGUCCGGAGAGGAACCACCAGGUGACGGUGCCCGCCCCGUCCACGGCGCCCCCAACGCCCGUCCGCGGGUUGUCGGCGAACAGCGGCUGCUCUGCUGCAGAACCCCCGUCUGCUGCCGGACCCAAACCCAAAGUGAUUCUGGUGGCUCACUACAGGGAAUAAAGAGACGCAGAAUAAAGGGAGCAGGUCUCCGAAAAGACAAAGCAUCUUUAUUAGCAGAACCGAACAUGCAGAACCAUUUAAUCCAGGUGAAACGUGCUGCGAUCCGAGAACAAACACUCUCUGAAGCUUUGUGUACAAAGCAGACUGAAGAUGUGAGAUUAGGGCUACACACAGUGCUUUGUGUUGACAUUGCACACCUUUCCCUUCUGGAUUUACAAACCGAGUCCCAUUCAGUGGAGCCGCAACAGAAACACCUAAUGCUUAACACAGAGGAGAGCGGAGGGAUUCUUCCUGGAUUCACAUCUAAAUGUCUCUGAUGUUGGUUUGUUUUGGCAGCUGUUUGUUGUUUUAGUUCACCUUGUAGAAAUGAUGCAGGUAAAUUAAGUGAGGAUAACUUGUUUUUAUCGUCCUUAGAUAUUUGGGCUUUGAAAUGUUUUUGCCUAGAUUUACAGAAGCUGCUUGUGAAAUCAUUCAGUAACCCAAUAAUUAGCCUUCAUAAGGACUUCAUUUAGAUUUCACAUUUUGUCAUGUUGCACCACAAAUUUCAGAUAUUUUAAAUAGAUUUCAUGUUUAUGACCGACACAAAGUUACACACAAAGAGGGUGAAGGAAACAGGUUCAUGGUUUAAAGUUUUGAAGAAAUACAAACCCCAAAUGUUAGUUUUUCUUCAGUUACCUCUGACAUCUACGGAAGGCAAUUAGGGCCACUGAAGAAGGUUUUAAAAAAUAAAACAAAAUCAAAACAUUUUUCUUUGAAUUUUUACUUUUUCAAACUUGACAUUUUAGACUUUUUUCUAAAAUGUUGACUUUAUUUAGUCUCAGAAAUCUUUUUCCCCUCAGAAUUACUUCUUACUUAGUUUUGAGUUCUCCAAAAUUGUUGUUUUUCUUAGAUUUAGUUUUUUUCCCACAGAAUUUUGACAUUUUUUCCUCAUAACACUGUUUACUAUAAAAAAAUUACAUGUUUUUUCAGAAUUCUAACAUUUCCUCACUUGUUUUUU